CCGCCACCGAGCAAGUUUGUAUUAACAUCUUACAUGUGCAUUCACGAUUUCCGUUGAUUUGGAAGUUAUUCAAUCUGUGACCAAUUUGACCAAAGAGUACACGUAGCAGUAAAAAAAGGCACAUGAAAUGUUGCGUUCGUGAAGCAUUUCGUGAAACUGUGUCAUAUUCUUUAGACUGUCUAGAAUGGGUUUCUGGACAAAGUGUGGUCUUAUUCCAAUUUUGCUUUUGUAUGAUGCCCAUGCAAACUGCAUAAUUACUAGAUCAUCGGACAUAUGCGAUUUGACUGGGGAUGUGUACAAUUGUCAACAUCAACAAUUGAAAUCCGUACCAAGAAACAUUACGUCAAAUAUCAUAGCCAUCGAUCUUUCUGACAACGAUCUAGUCAAACUACAGGAUGACGACUUUAAAGGAAUGCACACCCUGAAAGCCAUUUAUCUUAAUCGGAACAGAAUAAAUCACAUCUAGAAGAACGUAUUUCAUCAUUUGCUUAAUCUAUGCAUCCUAGAUCUAAGCUCAAACCAACUUCGCAAAGGAUCCAUAGAAAAGGGAACGUUUCAAGAUAUGAAUUCUCUUCAGGAUCUCAGAAUCAAUGACAAUCCUUUUCUAGGUGGAGGAUUUCCUGACGACGAAAUAGGACGUCUUUCGUCCCUGAGAAACUUAUCAAUGAGCGCUACUACAGCAACCCUGCAUUUUUCUCCAAAAUUUCAACCAUUAAAACAACUUAAAAAGUUGGAAAUUGAUUCUUACGUCCAUUUCCGUUUAACUAAUAAAUCCUUCGAAAAUCUUGCUGAACUCAAUAUAGAAUAUGUACAUUUCUUCUUUCAUAACAAUUGUCCCUGCAGAAAUGUCAACGAAGAUUUGUUUUGGGCGUUUCCUAACUUAAAAGGUCUGCGCCUUAAAACGUUUUGUGGCAUCAGAUACGCAUUGAAAUCACUGAUGAGAUUGCAGUUUAAGAAAUUGAACUAUGUAAAUUUAACUCAUACAUUCCCGCUCUCUGGAAAAGGCAUGAUGUUGUAUCAAAAUGAUGUAAAGUAUCUGAAAAACGUCUGUGCUGAAACGGUUAGUUUCAAGGGCACGCAUAUUGUAAGCAUAAGUACGAUGAAAUCCUCCAUAUUCAUAAAUUGUAUUAAACAAAUAGACUUGUCGUAUAAUACGUUACGCAACUCCCCGUUGGUAUUUGCAAUUCUCGAAGCACCACAAAUCAAAUUAAUCAAUUUAAGUCACCAAAGCUACUGUGGUUCAUAUUCAUUUCCCAGUCCAAACCGCAAACUAAUGAUUCACCGAUGGUCAUUUAAUUUCACACUGUCUCCUUCAUUAGAAGUUCUAGACUUGUCCAACACUUAUGUUAAUCCAAUAACAAACAUGUUGCUGAUUCACGUGUACGGAACUAACCUACAACGCCUCAAUGCAAGAUACACAAGUUUUUCUCUUUCUACGAAGAAGAACAUCAAACUCGUUUUACCUCGGCUGUGGUUCCUGGAUCUCUCGGGUGUGAAAUGUAAAGAUUUAUAUGUAGCAUUUCUGAAAGAUUUGCACUCCUUGUCGGAACUCUACAUCAGUGAUGUAAAUCUUAAGUUAGGUCUAACAAGAGAUGUGAAGGGUGAAUUUCUUAAUGGUCUUACCAAUUUGAAAGUGGUUGAUUUCUCAGAGAACGCCUUAAAAUAUUUACAUCCGAACCUUUUUCAAAAUCAGUCAUUCUCCUUGGAAACGUUAUUACUAAAUGACAAUCUACUCACUACAGUUCCAAAUGCUCUUCGUGUCGUUACGUCAUUACGAAUUCUUCAAAUGAGAUCCAACAAAAUAUCAUCCUUUUCGACCGAAGAUAUCAUUACCUUAAAUCAUCUAAAAAGCGUACAGAUAGAUGUUAGAGGUAACCCCUUUGAUUGUGUCUGCAAUGCUAUUGUUUCCUUGCACUGGAUGUCUGAUCAUCGAGAACAAUUUCUCCAUUUGAACGAGACCUACUGUAUUGAGGAACCAACCAAAACGAUUUUAAGUGUCAUUAAUGAUAUGCGUUCCCAAGAACUACGAUGCAUUUCAAGGCUGUGGUUGCAAAUAUCGACUUCUGCUCUGUCAUUCACAUUUCUGUUUCUUGUAACAUUUACAAUUUUAUACCGCUACAGAAUCCUCCUGCGUUAUGGAAUGUUGAGAAUCCGAUUAUUUUGGAGGAAAAGCCUUUCGGCAAUCACUACAUCUAACAUACCGGUGUAUGACGCAUAUAUUUCGUAUUCAUCCAGUCAUUUUGAUUGGGUGCACUCAAAACUUUACCCAGCAUUAAAUGCAGAAAAUCUUCGAAUCGCACUCCAAGAUAAAGAUUUUGACCCAGGUAGUCCCUAUGCAGAAGAAGUAGUUAAAUUUGUUAGCAUGAGCAAAUAUGUGAUAUUCGUUAUAACACGGCGCUUUAUCAAAUCUGAAUGGGGAUCCUAUGAAAUUCAGGUCUCAAAAAUACAUGCUAUUCACACUAAGGCAAAACUUGUUCUGAUUAUCAAGGAUGGAAUCCAAAUUGAAGACCUUCCAAAUGACAUCUUGUUUAUUUGGUGGAAAAUCAAACCAUUGGUGUUUAAUGAAAAUGAAACCGAAGGAAAACAAGUAAAAUUUUUCCAACUUUUAAUCACUACUAUUAAGAAUUAAUCGAAUACAACAGCGCAGACUUCCGAGGUACGCUGUAGUUUUUAUACAUGUUGCAAUUGUUAACAUAGAAUAGACUAAUUUGCAAGUAAAAGGUUUCGGGACACUUACGACAAAGAACAAUUGCUUGCAUGAAAAGAAUACAUGUGUUAUUGGGAUACCACAAGAACUACACAUGUUAACUCUCUAUUCCUGCAUAGCUUUCAACUUGCAUAUUUUUAAAAGCUUUACAAUUUUGCUAGUGAGAGUUUCCAGUUGCAAAGCAGAAUUCAUUAGUGAUUGAUUAUUAACUUUAACACCAGUGUUGAUAAAUUAAUUGUUCUUAGUUGCAACUCGUUUUGAUGAGAGGGUAGAGAUAUAUGUUCCUUGAGAUCAGGCUAUAAAACAUCAUAUAUUAUUAAAUGUUAUUAAUAUAGAUAAGUAACCAUUUAAUUUGUUAAAUAGCAAGGUAUGUUUGGGGCCAAAUUUGUCCCCGCGUCCAAAUUAAAUGAUAUUCCUCAACAUUCUUUCAUAUUUCUAUCUGGCGAGGCUCAUAUGGUGUAUACUUCCAUAAAAUUGUUAUGAUGUCUUUGUAAAAAGCUUUACUUGUGUAUAAUGCAUAUGUAAGUACAAUAUAGUUUACGAGAAUGUUGUGCCAUUUUGACGUUACUUUAUGCGAUGUCAUGAAGAAGAGGGCUAUGUCAUAAACUCAAUGUGAAAAUAAUCCAAUUUAUGUCGCCAUAUGCUUUAAGUUUUAUUAAACAAAUAUGCACUAUAAUUUUAAUUUGAAAAUAUUAAUUGAUUUUUUUUUUCGAAAGUUUUAAUCAAUUGUAGAUGAUUCGAUGCGGCGAAUGCUGUGAUUUGAAGGACGAUUAGUGUAAUUGUAUCUAAGAAUUGUAGAGCAACCCAUAUAUAUUCAUUCAGUUUUAACUUUGUAUUUAUAUUUGCAUACAAUUUGCAUUGUUUUAAUCUAAAUUAAAUGAAUAUCAUAUA